CCAACAUGGCGGCUGGGGUAGCUGCGGGCGUUGCAAGACUCAGGAUUUAAGUAGCAGCAGAAGCCAAACCUUCCUUCUCUCCCCUCCUCCCACGGCAGAGACCCCGCACCGGCCUCGGACACGCCCCCUCCCCUCGUGCCUUCAUUCAUUCAUUUAUUCCAUCGGUUGUUCGGCUCUUGCCAGUACCCAGCUGCCAUGAGGGAAAAGGGCCGCAAGAAGAAGGGCAGGACCUGGGCAGAGGCCGCCAGGACGGUUCUGGAAAAAAAUCCUAACAGACCAAUGAGCCAUAAAGAGAUUCUUCAGGUUAUCCAAAAAGAAGGGUUAAAAGAGAUUAGAAGCGGAACUUCUCCGCUUGCAUGCCUGAAUGCUAUGCUGCACACCAACUCCCGUGGAGAUGAAGGAAUAUUCUAUAAGGUUCCUGGAAGGAUGGGGGUCUAUACAUUGAAAAAAGAUGUUCCUGAUGGGCUGAAGGACUUGUCUGAAGGCUCAGAAGAAAGCAGUGAUAUACAAUCAGAUUCCCCCAGCUCAGAAAGCAGCAGUAGCAGUAGCAGUGACCAGAGUAGCAACAAGGAAGGAAGAAAAAGCAGGUGGCAAAGGAAAGUAUCAGCCAGACUUUCACAAGUGUCCUCUCCACAGCCAGGCUGCCCAUCUCCUUCUAUUCCACCAGGUAAAAUCAUCUCCUCAUCUCAGAAGCACAGCAAAAAGGCACUUAAACAAGCCUUGAAGCAAAAGCAAAGGAAGCAGCAUCAUUGUCGAACCAGUGUGCCUGUGUCAACUAAUCACCACCUCCUACAGCAGCAUAUGAAGAUUCCAAACCAUCCUGCAAAAUCCGCUUGGGAAGGAAAACAAUCAGAUGGACAUUCAAGUAGCCCACAGAAUUCUACUUCUAGUUCUUCUCCCUCUGUUAAAACUGAGCCUUCCUUGCCAAUCCUUGGGAAGAAACCAUUCCAGAGAUCUGAGAGGCUCCAUGCACGGCAGCUGAAGAGAACAAAAUGUGCUGAAAUUGAUGUAGAAACCCCAGAAUCCAUCUUGGUGAACACCAAUCUGCGAGCUCUAAUCAACAAGCAUACAUUCACGGGACUACCAGUUGAAUGUCAGCAGAAGCUGCUCCUGCUCCUUCCAGAGGUGGACAGGCAGAUUGGAAUGGAUGGCUUGAUGAAGCUCAGCAGUUCUGCCCUCAACAACGAAUUCUUUAAUUCGGCUGCGCAAGGAUGGAAAGAGCGACUGUCGGAAGGGGAGUUCACUCCAGAGAUGCAGCUAAGGCUACGGCAGGAACUAGAAAAGGAGAAGAAAGUGGAACUUUGGAAAGAGCACUUCUUUGAGAGCUAUUAUGGCCAGAGUUCUGGGCUUAGCCUUGAAGACUCUAAACAACUGAUAUCUUGUAUUCCUACUGUUCAGAAUCAAGCUCAGACUGGGAAUCUAGCACCUCAGUUACAGAAAUGCAUAGUAGUCCAUAAAGCAGUAUCUGACAAAGAACAGACCAGUUCUCUGAUGGGUCCAAAAGUACAAGUUCUCCCAGCUAUAACAGCAGCCGCUAAAGGAGAGGAGAUUGAGCAGCCCAAGGUCCUUAAGCCAGAAGAGCUUUUAAAUUCUUCUGGCAACAUUGCCUCCAUCCAGAGUAGCAGCCAGAUUCCUCAGAAGAUUUCCAAGAGAGUUGAGGAGCCAGAAGAGGUGACACCACAGACUGCUUGCCUGGAGUCUGUGGUGAGACAAAAUCCAAGCAAACCAAAGAAUGCAGCCAUUGCUGGCACUAAACCAAGCCCAGAAAUAGAAUCUCAGGAGAUUUCUGCAAGGGAGGUUCCUGCCACUUGCACAGAACAAAUGGACACUGGAAGCCGGGCUUUCAAGAGAAAAUCAGAGAUCCCUGAAGAGGCACUGAUGACACCUGAAAAACAGCUCCACGUGACAGAAAAGUGCCCCACCAGGCCGCCUUUUCAGGCCCCACUGCAGUGCUUUCCCAUCGCGCCUACACCAAAAGUCCCUCCACUCAGGAUCCACGUCUCCAGAAUCCAAGGAUCUCCAGCAUUACUGUCUGCUAGCCAGGUCUCUCCCAGGCCCCCCUUCCCAAUCAUCAGGAGAACAGGGGCCAGGACUUUGGCCGACGUCAAAGCCAGGGCUAGAAUGGCCAGGGCCCAGCGAGCAGCUGCUGCCGCCGAAGCAGCCGCAGCAGCCUCCAUUGCUACUACUUCUGCCUCCAUUGUGGAAGCCAUCCCAGGGCCAGGGCCAGGAGGGGGGAAAGGAGAGGACAAGAGCAGUCCACUCUCAGGGAGGCCUCAUGGAGCUACAUUGGACAUGGCAGACUUUGGAAACAGGACAAGUCCAAAAAGGGUUUUCCCCUCGUGCCCAGCCCCUUUCUCCCCAGCAGACUCCCCAGCUCCAGAACCAGCAGCAACAAGCAGUGCUGCUAGAGCACAACUACAGCCGGCUCCCCCAGCACAAUCCAGAACUGCAAGCAGCAACCCAGAGGUGGAGAGUGCGACGAUUUCACAACCAGCAAUAGGGAGUGUCAGCUGUACAAAUCCCAGCCUUUUGACUGUGCCUGCCACUCGGGAUGUCACAGCUUCUUUGGGGUCAACAGUUGAUCUUGCUUCCACGAUGGAGAAACUUAGAAAUAACCCUCUUGCUCUUCACCAGGUUACAAGAACAUCCAGUGGCUUUGAGCCUGGAGCGAACUGCAAAAGUGUAUCGAAAACAGCUUCUACCGCCAGCACAGGUGUUUCAGAAGACAAAGCCAGGGCCUUGCUUUCUGUAUCUCCUGUGUUGGCUGAAUCCAUCAAGGCACCCCCUCUGCUUUCUUCUCCACGUGGCACUGUGCCCAUGUCCACUUUAUCUCCUCCUCCCUGUAACACUUCGUUGGUAGCCCACAGCCCUAAAGUGCCCCCAGGCUCCUCAGGUUCAAAUGGAAGUAGCUCUGCAGUAAAGGCCAGCUCCAGUAUACCUGCUAAUAAUCCCCUGGUGGCUCAGCUGCUACAAGGCAAAGAAGUCCCAAUGGAGCAGAUGCUCCCAAGGCCUCUGACAAGAGUUGAAAUUAAGUCUAUUGCAGUGCCUGUGAAGGAAGGCAAAGCGACCACAAUUGUUUCCAGGUCUGGCCCUCCAAGGGAAGGGGAAGGACAGCUGCACAUGGCUUUCCCAGCAGGUGGGAAGCCAAGCCUUAGUCACUGUGGACAGUCCCAAGAUCCUCCACCCUUAUCCUCUUUAUCAGGGCAGGACUUGUGGAGCCAGCCUACAGACCUCCACAGUAGCCAGGAAACUUUAGGCAAGAGUGCCCAAGGACAUAUUCUCCAGACUGUCAUGCGGAAAGUCCCUGUGCAGAGCCUCCCUGCUGCUCCUUCUCCCCCUCCACGUCUCCCCCUCCUCCCCCCACAUUUCCCAGUAGAGAGCAGCUCCGCCAGCCAAAGUUUCACACUGGGAUUCAUAGGGAGAAGGACAUUCAAGCCUGCCAUGUCUGGCCAUUACCUCCUGAAUGUUUCUACCUAUGGACGCUGCCCAGAGAACCUAAGAAGAAACCUUGCCAUGCCCCCAGAGAGCCAACUAUGCUCAGAGGAGCCCCCGAAGAAAUUGGAGGAACAGAAGCAUACAUCUAGAGAUGACAGUAACAUCAGCGGGGGUGAAGAUGAAGGGUUCAGAGAUGGCAACGUGACUGAACAUGCAACAGCACAUCUCAAAGUUAAAGAGGAGCCUCUGGCUCCAGGAAGAGGAGGAGGGAGGCAGGCAACCUCAAAUGUAAAAGUGGAGCAGGCGGCAAUAAGCCACAAGGAUGGAAACAUUUGCUUAUUCCCAGCAGGUCAAGACUAUGCUGAAAACAAUGCAGCAAAAGAUUUUAUUCAGGCUGCCCAGGAACAAGUGGCUCAGACAAUUAGAGGAGAAAGGAGAUCCUGCAGUGGGGAACUUCAAACCUGUGCUCCAGCCAAUGUUACCCCACAGCGGCCCCUGCUGCUUUCACCCUCACCCUCUCCUCAGCUCUUUGGAAACCCUACUCCUACGCAACUUAUUGGACCAGGCUACAGUGGCACAAUUAACGUGUCCACUUCUCCAGACAUGCAUCAGGAUACUCUCCUGACUGGACUGUCAGACCCCAGCCACAUGGGGGAUGUAGUGUCCUUCUCUGUAACUGUAACAGCUAUCCCUGCUGGCCACUCAGCAAAUACUGGUAGCCAUGGACAAGCUCUCCGUGGCCAGGCUUUUGCGGAAGACGGUGGCUUGGAGGACUUGCCCACAAAGUGCUACUGUCGCUUGAAAGCCAUGAUUGUGUGCAAGGGCUGCGGGGCCUUCUGCCAUGAUGACUGUAUUGGCCCCUCCAAACUCUGUGUUUCCUGUCUCGUUGUGCGGUAGCAGGUUUGCUAGAUGGCAUCUCAUCUAGGGAGCAGGAGGGGCAUGCUGCUGAGUCAAGAGUCCCUGUCCUUAUGCCACUCCACGUCUCCUUGGUUUCCUUGAGAAUGAAGAAAGCACCUUGGAUGAAUGGCUGAGCCCAGUGGGACAAGUGUGUGCACUUAAGGAAUCAUGUAAAUAUGUUGCAUUGUUUUGUCUUAAAGAUUAUUUUUUCCGACCUUGAGAUAAAUCUAUGGAUGUGAAUCUCAUGCUCAUUUUGCCUCUUGUCCUAUAGUAGCAGAAUUCUGACCCAGUAAGUCCCUCUUCACCUUCAGUGCCCCUGUUUCCCAUAGGGCCAGAUUUGUCUCCACCUUGCUAUCAUCGUGGCCUCCGUGUUUUUCUUUGAAUGGGCUUGCCAAAUGUCCUAUUGAAACACAGUGGUUGAGACUAUUACAUCUGCAGCCCUAAGCAACAGGAGCAUACAAAAGGUGGGCAGAUAGCCUAUCGUCCAGUUGAAUUUUGUAGCGUUGCUGUUUACAGUAAAUAAUACUUCUUUACCAUAUAAAAUCACCUUGAGAGGCAGAGGCAGUGUACUGUAGAUCAUCAGAAUUUGCAGAGCAAAAUGCGGCUUGGUGGGGGAUGGUCAGUUUAUAGCUCUGAAUUAACCAAUGACAGCAAUGAUGAUUUCUAUUUUCUUAUAUGAUAUGCUUAGCCUUUGAAUUUCAAUCAAGAUACAGCAGCACAAACUCUUUUUGGUCCCAGGCUCUAGAUUCCCAUUUUUCAAGAAGAAAAAUGUCUUGGUGAGUUAAAUGUUGUAGAAUAGAGUGGAAGAAACGUUUCAGAUUUUUUUUAACAUCAAGUCAUAACUUUGGGUCAGCUUGUCAGCUUCUAGAAUCAGCUCUGACUCAAAUAAUUGAAGAUUUCAAGCUGGAAAAGAUAGUGGGACCUUGUUAUUCCCUUGUAAAUAUUCUUCAAUUGCACACUAAAGAUGUGGAGCAUUAUAUUUAGAAGCAGAAUGGAUCCUGCUCAGAAUCACCACUUUUUUAAAAAAAAAUUGAAUUUCUGGACCUGGAUUUCACUUAUAGAAGGAAGGGCAUUUCCUUGGAAUUAAUUGUAAUGACAAUGAUGGAUGGAACAAGCUUUUUAGGAUGGAAACUGAGACAUACACAAUUUGUUCUACUCUUUCUGACACCUUUUUUUUUUUUUUGAGCUGUUCCUUUGCCCUCUCCUACCCUGUUGCCAGAGACUCAAACUAAUUGCUUAUUAAGAGCGUUUAAGAUUAGGCAGUAAUUAGGUUCCAUACUCUUGAUUUAUAAAAUGUACAGAGCUAUCUUUUGCCUUGUCAGGGUUGUGCCAAGAUAGCUCUCAAAGCAUGGCAGAAUUUCAAUGUCUCCUUCACUCUUAAGACUACUAGGAAAAGACUAAAUUAUGGAGGUUUGAUGAAAUCAGCAUAAUUUAUUCCAGCUGUAUAUUCUACUUUUUGUGAGGCCGAUUUACAUUGAGUUGGAUAUACUUAGAGCGUCUGCAGCUCUGUUCUAGAUCUCCGCUGUAGUUUGGUAGCAUAUAACUACAGAGUUGUAAUUGGCCAUUUGGGAUCCAGUCCCCAGUUAAUGUGCAGGUUUUUGGUUGAAGUACCACCCGUUGAGUAAUUGGAAAAUCUACCAAGUCAGAGAUAAAUGAAGAGAAGAACAAGCUUUAGAAGGGUUAACUUAAUGUAGAAUAUUUAGAUAAAGAGUAGGAAAAGAUAGUUUAGCCACGGUACACCGCUCCAUGCAAGUUGAACUAUAUCAUUUCCAGUUUCCAUCUUUCAUUCUAGAUAAAGUCAAUAUUGACGUUUAUGGAUUGAGACAGUUUCACCAUUAACCUUUUGAAAAAUGUGUUAAGGCACCAGACUAGAAAUCAGGAAAGCAAUGCUAGUCCCGCCUUAGACAUGAAAGCUAGCAGGGUGGCCAUGGGCAAGUCAUACACACUUGGCCCAAUUCACCUCAGAGGGUUGUUGUUGUGGGGAAAACAGGAGGAGGGAGUUUUAGAUACAUUCCCUGGUUUGAGUUAUUUACAGAAAUAAUAAAGGUGGGAUAAAAAAAGAGAGAAUGGCUUGGAAGAAAGCCAAGGACUCCAUUACCUAUUUCAGCAAGCAUUGCCCAUUUCUAUUAUUCAUCAUAGAAAUAUCACAUUACAAUGACUGCUAUAGGAAUCACUUUUUCUCAUGACUUUAAGUCGUGAUCUGGCCUUCUGUUUUUAAUAACAGUCUGCCAGAUAUUUCCCAGCAGCCUAUUGACAAAGUAUAGAAAUCAAUUGUCUUUCAAGUUCCAUGUGCCCCCAAGACAGCAACUCUUGGAUAGGCCUAUUCUCUUCCCUGAAUUUGUAUUAUACCUUGAAGAAGGUAUCAAAGGCAUUAUCACAUUUUGUAUUGGUCAGUCCUAUAAAUUAGCCAUUUAUUUUUUUGCAUGUUCUACGUCUACAGUAUUUAUACAGCAGUAUCAGUCUGUAUUGUUCUUUUACACAUAGGUAAAAACACAUCAGUGUGUCUUGUGCUUUACAUAGGUAACAUAUACAGUCAAUAAGAACCAGGAAGAGAACAAAAUGUAGGUAAAUUCAAUUACGCAAGACUCAUCUUUAUAUUAAGUAUUAAAGUAAAUAAGUUAGACGGCAUGAAUUUCUAGGGCUUAUUUUACUUUUUUACCCCUUUUAUUCAUGCAAUUCAUAAACGUACAAACUGGUAUCAGAAUCCCCUCAUUCUUUAGCUGCUGCUGCUGUUUCUAAGCAAACAAUCCAUAUUUUUAAGAUUUCAGUGGCAAAAGGAAAACUGUAGUCUUUUGGUACUUUGACUAUCUGUUUGGCAUCUUUUCCUGGCAUCCGAAACAUCCAGAUGAGGGUACACUAAAUUAUCAUGGGCCUACCCUUCAUUUCAGACCUUUUCCUAAUAUGAAAUUAGCUUCUCUUCAUAACUGAUGUACAGUUUUUGCAUUUUCAUUAAGCUAUCAGGAUGACCUUAGGAUAAUUUUUCCACUUAGAUCUUAUCAGAUUCUGUAACUCUGUUACAAAAGUAUUUUUAAUCAUUACUUUUGCUUUAUGCCCCCUGGUCAUUUUUUAGCUCAUUACAGCUACAUUUUUUCUCUCCUGAAUUUUUUGGUAUUACCUAAAAACUCAAGCAAUUUACUCUUCAGCCAUAACUAAUCGGGGAAACAAAUGCAGAUUAUAUAAAAACAUAUUAAAAAGUGCAAACUCUGGGGAGUUCCUUUAUUCACAUUCGUCAAAUUUGUUUAUACUUACUGUCUUUUACCAAAUAUUAAUCCACUAAUGGGAUCUUACUUGUGAUUAUUGACUUUUUCAGCCCUUCAUUUUUAUGUACAGAAGAUCUUUGCUACCAGAUGCUGAUGCUUUUCAACACUCCAAAUAUUAGUAAAUUGAACUUUUCUCCUCAGAAACCAUGUUUAUUCUUCCUCAGCAAUUUUUUAUUAUUGUAGGUAGUAGUGCAAGCUUUCAUAAUUAACUGGAAGAAAUGUUAGGCAAAUACAUUUAUCUUCUGGACUUUUUUUUAAUACAAUGAUGUUACUUUGGCUAUCUUUUCAUAUUCGACUAAGGAGACUAAGUUCAAUAAUGAUUUGCUGAGUCACUAAAGUUUUAUUGUGAUGGAUCAGUGGAAUAAUAGCCCCUGCCUUCCAACCCCAAUAGCAUCCAAUCCUUUCUGACUUCAAUUUCUGUUGAAGCCUUGACUUAGAGCCAAAACCAUUGCAACUGAAUUAUUCAUUUCCAUCGUCAUUCUAUCUUUCAAGUAAUGAAUAUUCGUUUUCUGUGAUUGUCCUCUUAGCAGCAUCUCAAAUUUACACUAUAACAUAUCAAAGGGAGAGUUCUAUAACUAGAAUGGAGUUACUGGUUCCCACUGAGUUUUAUAGAACACAAGUGAGGGGUCAAACCAUGAAUCUUAUCUCAUAUAUUAAAAUAAAUAAUAGCAGAUUUGUCCCCACCCUUUCACAAUGGUGCCUCAGAAUUGUUUCCUCUUUCUCUUAGGGGGCAGAAUUAUGAUUAUAGUAAUAUUCAUGUGCCUGAAUUCCCCAGAAUCCUUCAGCAGGGACAUUUUAGCAUAAAACAUGCAAAAACACAUUUCAUACUUGCAGCCCUAGAUUCCUGCAUUGUAGUUAAUUUAUUUUUAAAUUAUUAACAUUAUUUAUAUACCAUUCUAAAAGCUUUGAACUGUGUUCCAAAAAAAAAUCUGAUAUAAAAGCUACUUUCUAUUUGUACACUGUCAUAACAAUGACAAUCCUUGGGCAGAAAGUACAUCAAUGGCCCAAUUAAAAAGGAAGGUCUUGGGAGAUUCCCUAAACACCAAGAGUGAGAAAGUCAAGCCUAUCUCCAAGCGUAGCCCAUUCAACAGGAUGGAGCCUGCCUUCUGACCCAUACCUAUCUGUCUUCAUAUGGGUUGUGAUCUUAAGGAGGAGCUCUUUGAUCUGAUGAACAAAGAAAAGAACUUUGGAUAAGGAGGUCCCUGAGACAGCCCAUUGAACCACUGGAUUAAGAGCCUCUUACUAAUAACAAAUUACAAACAUGGGGCUGAUCAGAAGAUCGAUAGAAAAUUUGUAAAAGGUUAAGCAUAAUAAUUGCAUAUAAGGCUGUAUAAAAAGCUUUUUUCUAGGCUCCAAAGUUCUGAAGGAGUACUAUGAUUUUUGGCCAGUUUCCCAUAGUUAAAUCCACAUAACUGCAUCAUAAAAGGGUUUUAAGCAUAUUCCAUAUGCUUAUCAUAUAUCGAAUGAUUGUUUAGCAGAAAGGGGCAUGGAAAAGCAGAUUGUAUAACAACCUUCCCCUUAGUUUAGCAGAACUUCAUCAAUGGAAUAUAGCAAUGUUGACAAAAAUUUAAACUGAUUCAGCCACCUUACUCAAGCUAAGCAAUACUCACCUGAUUGAAGAAGAAAGCCUUCCCUUUAGGCUAACAUAAGAGUGAAACUGUUGCUGCAUCUACUUUUACUUUUCAUCUAUAUAGUUACUAGUGCAAGAUGGAUCUACCUAUCUGAUAUAAAACAAUCCAGUCUUUUUUUGGCUCAACUCAUUUCUCUUAACUGAAAUACUAUGUGUGUUUGGUUGCAUCCUUAUGAGCGCAACUGAUGGGACCUGAGAUCCAAAAGCCCUAAGAGUUCAACAGUUAAAUGGGGCAUUUAUAUCCUUGACCUUGUUGGUAGGGGAUAAUAGGUCAUAUUUCUGGAGAUGAUAGAUUGGGUAAAUCUGAAAAGUUCUGCAUAAUCCUUUCUAAACUGAACAGGAAUGUCAGUGAGUAGAAUUUUCUUGGCUAUAUCUGACAUCUAUAGCAGCAUCUGAAAUUUUCUUUCUGUGAAAGUCCUUUUCCUUCCCUUUCCCUUUCUGAUAUUUGUGAUGAUGAUUCUGGAAUAUUGGUAAGUAUUUUCUUAAGUAGAACUACAGAAGAAUUUAUACAUGACUGCUCAUGUGGAAUUCAAGUAGAAAGCCAAACUGAGCAUUUUGUUUCAACAGAAAGCUCGUGCAAAACAAAUUUGCACUGAAGUGUGCUUUUUUGAAAGGGUACUUGGGUGAAGUGCAAGGAAUAUGAACAACACUUCUAACAGCUGAAAGGAUGGAACUCAGUUGUAAACCCCACUAAUACACGCAAGGUUAAAAUAGAAGGUGGGAACAUCCUUGAUUUUGAAAGAAGUUGAGGUGAGAUUUCUGAGUGGGUGAUUAUAAGCUUAGCGGGCCAUGCUCUAGCUGGCCCAUUAAAUUGCACUACAGGUGGCUGUUGACUAUGUUACUGGUUUUUUUAUCUCAUCCUCAGAUUAUAAAUCCUAGGACAUAGAGACAUCAUUUUAAAAAAAUUGAAUUAAGAUGAGUUAAUGAUGUUUACUCAUGCUGGAAUUGUGGGAGUGAAUCAGCUGUCACUCAACACGUAGUCACCCCAAAAUAAUACCCUGCCAAACAUUGAGGUGUACAGCUUCAUUUCAGAAAGGAAGGCCCAUGUGCCUGUGUAACACAACAUACAUUAUUCAUCUUAUCUUCUGAUAUCAGGUAUUGCAGCUUUUAGAAGCCAUUAAAAAUGCCCAGGCAGUUUGCAUUUUCUGUCAGUUGUAUUUUUGGGUACAAACCACAGGACCAUUUUUCAUAUUCCAUCAGUAGGCCAUUUUGCUUGCUUGCAGUAUUACUUUUAACAGGCCAAUGAUGUGCAUUUAUUUUGAACCUGGUGGAGCUGAAAUCUUUUGUAAGAAUAUAAAGAAUGAAACUGAAGCAUUUAGUCUGUCUUAACUAUACUGUUUUCAGUGCUUUUUCACCAAUGUGGUAGGACAGUAUUUUCUGCAGUGAAGGCAGGCUCCAUUACUGUGCAAAUUAUCUGGUACUCAAAUUUCACAGCCCGUGCUAAUCCCACCUUUGAGGCAUGGUACCAGGGAGGGGUAAGAUUGGCAGCACGCAUGAGUUGCAGGAGACGUGGCCAUGAAGUCCCUUCAUCUCUGUCAAGGUUCAUUUUUAGAAACUGGUGUUUAAGCUAAAAGUGAUGUGUGGGUGUUUCUCUGUGUGUUUGUGUGAGAGAGACGUAGAUUAUUUUCCAAGGUAAAAGGCACUAUGUCUUUCUGUUAGAAUGACUGAAAGACACUUCUCUGACUUCCACAUUGUAUCCUGCAGGAUUGAAACCACACACAGCCAUUUAGGUAAAUUAAGAGAUUUUGGCAGGGAUAAUAUUUUUUCCUUCUUUCUCCCCCCCCCCCCCCAUGCAAUACAUUUGAUAUGAUUGAAAAGAAUUUUAAGAGCUUAUAAGUAAUAUAUUUUAAUUAAUAUAUAUUUUAAUACCUCUAUUUCAAGAAUGAUAAAAGAUUUGUGAAAUUGGUGUAUGUAUGUGUAUGUGUGCAAUUUUGAACGUGUUUUCCCCCCAUUAGGGGACCUGGUAAGCACCCCAGGUUGCAAUAAAAAUUGAAGAACUGUUAAAAAAAAGGUGUCCCAGGAACUGUUUCAUUUUUAUAAGCCAAGAAGU